CCUGGGGGAGCCAGAGGUGUGUGUAGAGGACAGGUGUGUUUAGAGUACAGGUGUGUGUAGCGUUCAGUACACCAUUCUGACAGAGAGGUACAUCCACCCGUGAGUGGAUCAGGACUAAGGAUCGUAGAGAGAGAGAGAUACCUGGACCUAGACGAUCAUCAUCAUGACCAUAACCAGCAUUAGCCGCUCCUGGAUCUCUGGGCUAAUCAUCUGCCUGUUUAUCACUGCUGUUUCUGCUAGCAGUACCCCAAUGGCAUCAACAGAAACCUCUGAAACUACAGAACAACUAUCAACUACAGAAAUCCCUAGAACUGCUACAGAAGAUCCAAGUACUACUGAUGCUGGACUUACAGCAAAAACAGGUACCACUGAUGCUGGACUUACAGCCGAAACAGGUACGACUGAUGCUGGUAAUACAGCCGAACCAGGUACCACUGAUUCCGGACCUACAGCCAAUCCAGGUACAACUGAUUCCGGACCUACAGCCGAACCAGGUACCACUGAUUCCGGAACUACAGCCAAUCCAGGUACAACUGAUUCUGGACCUACAGCCAAUCCAGGUACAACUGAUUCCGGACCUACAGCCGAACCAGGUACCACUGAUUCCGGACCUACAGCCAAUCCAGGUACAACUGAUUCCGGACCUACAGCCGAAACAGGUAACACUGAUUCCGGACCUACAGCCAAUCCAGGUACAACUGAUGCUGGUAAUACAGCCGAAACAGGUACCACUGAUGCUGGUAAUACAGCCGAACCAGUUACCACUGAUGCUGGACCUACAGCCAAUCCAGGUACAACUGAGGCUGGUAAUACAGCCGAACCAGGUACCACUGAUUCCGGACCUACAGCCAAAACAGGUACCACUGAUUCCAGACCUACAGCCAAAACAGAUACUACUGAUGCUGGUAAUACUGCCGAACCAGGUACAACUGAUGCUGGUAAUACAGCCGAACCAGGUACCACUGAUGCCGGACCUACAGCCAAUCCAGGUACAACUGAGGCUGGUAAUACAGCCGAACCAGGUACCACUGAUUCCGGACCUACAGCCAAUCCAGGUACAACUGAUUCCGGACCUACAGCCAAAACAGGUACCACUGAUUCCAGACCUACAGCCAAAACAGAUACUACUGAUGCUGGUAAUACUGCCGAACCAGGUACAACUGAUGCUGGUAAUACAGCCGAACCAGGUACCACUGAUUCCGGACCUACAGCCAAUCCAGGUACAACUGAUUCCGGACCUACAGCCGAACCAGGUACCACUGAUUCCGGACCUACAGCCAAUCCAGGUACAACUGAUUCUGGACCUACAGCCAAUCCAGGUACAACUGAUUCCGGACCUACAGCCGAACCAGGUACCACUGAUUCCGGACCUACAGCCAAUCCAGGUACAACUGAUUCCGGACCUACAGCCGAAACAGGUAACACUGAUUCCGGACCUACAGCCAAUCCAGGUACAACUGAUGCUGGUAAUACAGCCGAACCAGGUACCACUGAUGCUGGAGCUACUGCCAAUCCAGUUACCACUGAUUCCGGACCUACAGCCGACGAAACAGGUACCACUGAUGCCGGACCUACAGCCGAAACAGGUACCACUGAUGCCGGACCUACAGCCAAUCCAGAUACAACUGAGGCUGGUAAUACAGCCGAACCAGGUACCACUGAUUCCGGACCUACAGCCAAUCCAGGUACAACUGAUUCCGGACCUACAGCCAAAACAGGUACCACUGAUUCCGGACCUACAGCCAAAACAGAUACUACUGAUGCUGGUAAUACUGCCGAACCAGGUACAACUGAUGCUGGUAAUACAGCCGAACCAGGUACCACUGAUGCCGGACCUACAGCCAAUCCAGGUACAACAGAGGCUGGUAAUACAGCCGAACCAGGUACCACUGAUUCCGGACCUACAGCCAAUCCAGGUACAACUGAUUCUGGACCUACAGCCAAUCCAGGUACAACUGAUUCCGGACCUACAGCCGAACCAGGUACCACUGAUUCCGGACCUACAGCCAAUCCAGGUACAACUGAUUCCGGACCUACAGCCGAAACAGGUAACACUGAUUCCGGACCUACAGCCAAUCCAGGUACAACUGAUGCUGGUAAUACAGCCGAACCAGGUACCACUGAUGCUGGAGCUACUGCCAAUCCAGUUACCACUGAUUCUGGACCUACAGCCGACGAAACAGGUACCACUGAUGCCGGACCUACAGCCGAAACAGGUACCACUGAUGCCGGACCUACAGCCAAUCCAGAUACAACUGAGGCUGGUAAUACAGCCGAACCAGGUACCACUGAUUCCGGACCUACAGCCAAUCCAGGUACAACUGAUUCCGGACCUACAGCCAAAACAGGUACCACUGAUUCCGGACCUACAGCCAAAACAGAUACUACUGAUGCUGGUAAUACUGCCGAACCAGGUACAACUGAUGCUGGUAAUACAGCCGAACCAGGUACCACUGAUGCCGGACCUACAGCCAAUCCAGGUACAACUGAUUCCGGACCUACAGCCGAACCAGGUACCACUGAUUCCGGACCUACAGCCAAUCCAGGUACAACUGAUUCCGGACCUACAGCCGAAACAGGUAACACUGAUUCCGGACCUACAGCCAAUCCAGGUACAACUGAUGCUGGUAAUACAGCCGAACCAGGUACCACUGAUGCUGGAGCUACUGCCAAUCCAGUUACCACUGAUUCCGGACCUACAGCCGACGAAACAGGUACCACUGAUGCCGGACCUACAGCCGAAACAGGUACCACUGAUGCCGGACCUACAGCCAAAACAGGUACCACUGAUUCCGGACCUACAGCCAAAACAGAUACUACUGAUGCUGGUAAUACUGCCGAACCAGGUACAACUGAUGCUGGUAAUACAGCCGAACCAGGUACCACUGAUGCCGGACCUACAGCCAAUCCAGGUACAACUGAGGCUGGUAAUACAGCCGAACCAGGUACCACUGAUUCCGGACCUACAGCCAAAACAGGUACCACUGAUUCCGGACCUACAGCCAAAACAGAUACUACUGAUGCUGGUAAUACUGCCGAACCAGGUACAACUGAUGCUGGUAAUACAGCCGAACCAGGUACCACUGAUGCCGGACCUACAGCCAAUCCAGGUACAACUGAGGCUGGUAAUACAGCCGAACCAGGUACCACUGAUUCCGGACCUACAGCCAAUCCAGGUACAACUGAUUCCGGACCUACAGCCAAAACAGGUACCACUGAUUCCGGACCUACAGCCAAAACAGAUACUACUGAUGCUGGUAAUACUGCCGAACCAGGUACAACUGAUGCUGGUAAUACAGCCGAACCAGGUACCACUGAUGCUGGAACUACAGCCAAUCCAGGUACCACUGAUGCUGGACCUACAGCCGAAACAGGUACUACUGAUGCUGGUAAUACAGCCGAACCAGGUACCACUGAUGCUGGAGCUACUGCCAAUCCAGUUACCACUGAUUCCGGACCUACAGCCGACGAAACAGGUACCACUGAUGCCGGACCUACAGCCGAAACAUAUACCACUGAUGCCGGACCUACAGUCGAAAUAGGUACCACUGAUGCCGGACCUACAGCCAAAACAGGUACUACUGAUGCUGGUAAUACUGCCGAACCAGGUACAACUGAUGCUGGUAAUACAGCCGAACCAGGUACCACUGAUGCUGGAGCUACAGCCAAUCCAGGUACCACUGAUGCCGGACCUACAGCCGAAACAGGUACUACUGAUGCUGAUAAUACAGCCGAACCAGGUACCACUGAUGAUGGAGCUACAGCCAAUCCAGUUACCACUGAUUCCGGACCUACAGCCGAUGAAACAGGUACCACUGAUGCCGGACCUACAGCCGAAACAGGUACCACUGAUUCCGGACCUACAGCCGAAGCAGGUACGACUGAUUCCGGACCUACAGCCGAAACAGGUACCACUGAUGCCGGACCUACAGCCGAAGCAGGUACCACUGAUGCCGGACCUACAGCCGAAACUGGUACGACUGAUUCCGGACCUACAGCCGAAACAGGUACCACUGAUGCCGGACGUACAGCUGAAACAGGUACCACUGAUGCCGGAUCUACAGCCGGACCAGGUACUACGGAUGCUGGUAAUACAGCCAAACCAGGUACCACUGAUUCCGGACCUACAGCCAAUCCAGGUACCACUGAUGCCGGACCUACAGCCGAAACAGGUACCACUGAUGCCGGACCUACAGCCGAAACAGGUACUACUGGUGCUGGAACUACAGCCAAACCAGGAAUUACCGAUGCUGGAACUACAGCCAAAUCAGGAACUACUGAUGCUGGAACUACAGCCAAACCAGGUACUACUGAUGCUGGAACUACAGCCAAACCAGGUACUACUGAUGCUGGAACUACAGCCAAACCAGGUACUACUGAUGCUGGAACUACAGCCAAACGAGGUACUACUGAUGCUGGAACUACAGCCGAACCAUCUUUGCCAAGUACAACUUCUUCUACUAUUGCAACCACCGCUACGCCACCAAUUCAGUGUGAGAACGGAGGUACACCUGAAGGACAGUCUUGCAACUGUCCUCCUGACUUCCACGGGGAGACCUGCAGAGAUUUUAAAACUGACAUAGUGCCAGGUACGCUCAAUAGGACAGCGGUGGUUAAUAAUAUGGAAACUAAUUCCCCGUACAUAGAAAAAUAUAACGACAAAACUUCAACUGAAUACACAGACAAGAUCAAGAAUUUCACAACAGAGAUGGAGGAAUACUACAGGAGUAAAGGGAUACAGAAUUUCACAGUGGAAAACGUAACUCUGAGUAAGGGGUCAGCUAUAACCAUACGCUUGGGACGUGGUAUAGAGGAGAAAAGGAUGGAAAACUCCUUGUACAACCCCAAGGCAGUAUCAUAUCGUGUGAAGGUCAAACACAAUAUCAUUCUGACGGUUCUGAAUGAACCAGGAGCUGAGCAACAGUACAAGAACUUCGUAGACGACGUUAAUUUAGCUUUGGCGAAUAUGACAUCGUGUUCAGCUCUUCGCUCAGGAUGUCCUACGUUUACUGUUGAGUCAGUGGAUGAACUACAAGAAACGCCACUUGAUGAGAAAGCUGUAUGUCAGAAAACAAUCAACCUUGAUUUUGUUAAAUACUUUGAGCCUUACAAUAAAGACGGGAAGUUGCUCUGUUUGACGGCAUGUGACCCCAGACAUAAUAACACUAAAAACUGCAACAGCGGUAUCUGUGAAGUAACCAAAGCCGGACUGUCAUGCAACUGUAAAAACACAAACUCAAUCUGGUACCUGGCUGACUGUAACCACCCGAUCCACAAGGCUGGGUUAUAUGCCGGAAUCAGUAUAACUGCCGGGGUUGUCCUGGUGAUAUUUGGUGUCCUGAUAGUGUUCCUGGUGGUGAACAAGAAAAAGGAAAAUAGGAAUAAAGACACUAAGCAGGAGAUGGUGAACCAGUGGCUUGAGGAUGACUUUGAAUGGCCCACACCCAACACCAGGUCCACCACAACACCUCACCCAGGGACGUACGAUAACCCAGCAUACACCAACGGGGUGUCAAAUAUCUACCAACACUCAAGCGGUCCUCUUCCAACCUACAACCCCAACCCACAGUCGAGCGAAAGAUACCCUCCACCAUACUACCCCUCAGAGCCCCACAACCAAAUGCACAACUUCCCAAGCAACCAGCCUGUAAGGAUCAACAGACCGCAGAUCAGAACAUCUUAUGACUUGUAGCAUCCUCUUACUCACAAGAAAAAGUGCCUACAGAUGCUAAUUUGAGUCAGUACAUUCCUAAAGAAAAUAUUGCACUUUUUACUCCAUACAUUUUCCCUGACAAUCAAAAGUACUCAUUACGUUUUGAAUGCUUAGCAGGACAGGAAAAUUGUCCAAUUCAAGCACUUUUCAGGAGAACACGUGGCCAUCCCUACUGCCUCUGGCCUGGUGGACUCUGUAAGCACAAAUGCAUCUUUUGUAAAUAAUCUCUGAGUGUUGGAGCAUGCCCUUGGCUAUCCUUACAUUUUGAAAAAAAUAAAUGGUCUGUUUUGCUUAAUAUAAAGGAUUUUUAAGUGAUUUACACUUUUACUUUUAGUAAUAAUAUUUACUUUUGAUAUUUAAAGCCAAAUACUUUUAGACUUUUUCUCAAGUAGUAUUUUGAUGACAAUUGGGUACUUUUCCCACCACUGUGUGAUAAAUACACAUAGGAUUGCUUGCUUGCUUGUCUAUGGAGGCCCGAAUAAGCCACAUCUCUCUGUUGUUCAUUAAUCCUCCAGUCGAUUUUGUGAAUCGAAUUAGCAUAAUACAAAAUCCUCAUACAAAUCUGUUUUGUUUAAGCUUGAGAUAUCUGUUUCUAUGCAUGGGCUGUGUCUCAAUCCAUUGCAGCCGUCGAUAUCGGCCUCCCAGAUGGGCUGCGUCUCAAUUUAUUGCAUCCACGGAUAUCGGCCUUCAGGAUCUGCUGUGAAAGGUGGCAGAACUAAAGUUGUGUUUGUCAGAUCAGAAGACCUCCUGAAAAUCAGUACAACUCAAAACAAACUUCCUUUAAAAAAAAGAUUGGGGGGGCUCUCUGUUUUUCCAUGUGUCAAUCUAUGAUUCAAUGCAUUUCUUUGACCUAAUAGCAGUAAUGCCAAAUUCAAUGUUUCAUCAAAUCAUUUGGGGACUCUAGAGGUUUAAAGCUGCUAAUUAUUUUGUUCUGAAAUGACAGGGUGAUCAAAUUAAGACCCUACAUCUGUCUGAACAAAUUGAAUGUAAAUGUGGUAAAUACACAUAGGAUUGCUUGUUUAUGGAGGCCGAAUGAGCUGCUGGAUACUCUGCUCUGAGACGGUGUCUCUGCCUAUGUUGUCCAAGUAUGUAUAGCAUAUGUUCUUCCAGGAGGGCUUUGCCCAUGAGAGGAUACCCACAGUAUGAGACCACUGGUGUCCAGCUCAGGAUGCCUGAAACAUAUAGGAUUAAAACAGCUAUGGUAUUUAUACUCAUAAUAGAAUAUUUAUUCAUUUUGACAGUGGAUCAAAUAUAAUUUUAUUGCACUUUAAGAUUGAAUUCAUCAAUGUGCACUUGAUCGUUCUAUGUCUAGCAAUAGUUAUGGAGGGUUAUAAGUAAUAUAGCUUUUAUUUAUUUAUUUGUCUUUGUUUACUUGUUAUUGUAUUUUAGCUCUGUAUUACACUGUAUGCGGUCUGCCAAACAAUUUAUAUCACUGUUAAUACUGUUAUGUAAAUAUGUAAAUUGUAAUCAGAAAUAUGAUUUUUGUUAUCAAGAAAUAAAAUAGUUUCUGAAAAUG